CUGAUGUUUCAAUUUCAAUUUCAAAAUUCGCGAAUGGUUUCGUUUGCUUUGCUCUGGGAAACAUUUGGAUUUUGUUACCUGAGAAUUUAGUAGCAAAAUAUUGGUGAAGGAGCUUCUCUCGCUACUGUUUGUUAAAUUUUGAUGUUGAAUUUAAGGGUUAAUCGGAUUCUUCGUAGAGCCUUAAUCCGAUUUUCACCUUGCUCAAUCUCUAACGGUGAAGCUGAUGAUGCAUCUUUCUCGACAUCUUCGUCGAAAAAUCCUCAUGGUCCAGAGAUCCAAGGAGAUUCUUCUAGUCAAGAAGAUGGCCACUUUGGAGAGUUCAGCCAAUUGGGUUUCCGAAAGUCACCAGCUUUGAGUGCUACGAGCGUUGGUGAUGCUGAAUUUGGAGAAAUUCGAAACCCUAGGUUCAAUGAGAUUGAUGAAUUGGGAGAAGAUGAAGAUGAUGAAGAAGGAAGUGUAACAAGUGGCGACGAAUGUGAUGAUGAUUUUGCUGUUCUGAAAUCGGUUGGGAAGAUCCCACAAUCGAGAGAAGACGUUGGUAGAUUCGAUGUCGAAGAAGAUGAAUCCAGGCAUCCUUUGGUGAGAGAGAUUGGGAGGUUGAUUGGCCUCAGGUCAUCUUGGAACCCGAAGCAUGAAGGCCAGAUGAGGAAUCUUUUAAGGAGUCUUAAACCAUCACAAGUCUGCGCUGUUUUACGCUCACAAGACGAUGAACGGGUUGCUCUUAAGUUCUUCUACUGGGCGGAUCGUCAAUGGCGGUAUCGCCAUGACCCCAUGGUGUAUUACUCGAUGCUUGAGGUUCUUAGUAAGACUAAAAUGUGUCAAGGUGCUAGGAGAGUUCUCGUUCUGAUGAAGCGUAGAGGUAUAUAUCGAACCCCUGAAGCGUUUUUGCGUGUAAUGGUAUCAUAUAGUAGAGCAGGUCAGCUGAGAGAUGCAUUGAAAGUGUUGACUCUUAUGCAGAGAGCUGGAGUUGAACCUAACUUAUUGAUUUGCAAUACGACUAUUGAUGUUUUCGUGAGAGCAAAUAGGUUGGAGAAAGCUUUACGGUUUCUAGAACGUAUGCAGGUUGUUGGUAUAGUGCCAAAUGUAGUGACUUAUAAUUGUAUGAUUAGAGGUUAUUGUGACUUACAUCGAGUUGAGGAGGCAAUUGAACUACUAGAUGAUAUGCCUAGUAAAGGAUGUUUGCCGGAUAAAGUUAGUUACUAUACCAUAAUGGGCUAUCUUUGUAAAGAAAAACGGAUUGUGGAAGUGAGAGACUUGAUGAAGAAAAUGGCGAAAGAGCAUGGUUUGGUGCGGGAUCAAGUUACCUACAAUACUCUAAUUCAUAUGCUCACAAAACAUGAUCAUGCGGAUGAGGCUCUUUGGUUUUUAAAAGAUGCUGAAGAAAAAGGUUUUCGAAUUGAUAAGGUGGGUUAUAGUGCCAUAGUUCAUGCAUUGUGCAAAGAGGGAAGAAUGUCCGAGGCAAAAGAUCUCAUUAACGAAAUGCUGUCAAAGGGGCACUGUCCUCCUGAUGUAGUAACUUAUACUGCAGUUGUCAAUGGCUUCUGUCGUUUGGGUGAGGUGGACAAAGCUAAAAAGCUGCUUCAGAUUAUGCACACUCAUGGAUAUAAACCAAAUACUGUGUCAUACACAGCUCUGUUAAAUGGGUUGUGCCGAACAGGGAAAUCGUUAGAGGCAAGAGAAAUGAUGAACAUGAGCGAAGAGCAAUGGUGGAGUCCAAAUUCUAUCACUUAUAGCGUACUUAUGCAUGGGUUGCGUAAGGAAGGGAAAUUGUCUGAGGCCUGUGAUGUGGUGAGAGAGAUGGUACUAAAAGGUUUUUUCCCAGGCCCAGUUGAAAUUAACUUAUUGCUCCAGAGUCUUUGCCGGGAUGGGAGAACUCACGAGGCCAGAAAAUUCAUGGAGGAGUGUCUGAACAAGGGUUGUGCUAUUAAUGUUGUGAAUUUUACUACAGUGAUUCAUGGUUUUUGUCAGAACGAUGAGCUAGAUGCUGCUCUAUCCGUGCUUGAUGACAUGUACCUGAUCAACAAACACGCGGAUGUCUUCACCUAUACUACUUUAGUUGAUGCACUGGGCAAAAAAGGUAGAAUAGCAGAAGCAACAGAACUUAUGAAGAAGAUGCUUCAUAAAGGAAUUGAUCCUACCCCUGUUACAUACAGAACUGUCAUCCAUCGAUACUGCCAAAUGGAAAAGGUUGAUGAUCUCGUGGCUAUACUAGAGAAGAUGAUAUUGAGGCAGAAAUGCAAGACAAUUUAUAAUCAAGUCAUUGAAAAGCUUUGUGGUCUGGGAAAGCUCGAGGAGGCAGAUAAACUUUUGGGAAAAGUUCUGAGGACAGCUUCAAGAUCUGAUGCUAAGACAUGUUAUGCGCUUAUGGAAGGCUAUCUUAAGAUAGGUGUACCUCUGUUAGCAUAUAAAGUGGCUUGUCGGAUGUUUAACCGCAAUCUGAUACCUGAUGUUAAGAUGUGUGAAAAGCUUAGCAAGAGACUGGUUGUGGAAGGUGCUGGAAAUGAUAACAACAUGCUGUUGUAUUUUUCACUGGUUAGUGACAACCUCCAGAUCCCAAGCGAAGCAACUAGGCUCUCGCUUCGUUAGCGGUGAUGGAUUUCUUCUUUUAUGCUCUUGGCAUGAGGAAACCGGUUUGAGCAAAAACCAGUUAUUAUUUCAUAUUUUCCUGGUAGCGACCUGUUAUUCCCAGUACUUCUCUACUUGCAGUUUUCAUUAUUAAUGGCUGGACGAAACCAAGAAAUAAACUUUCCGAAAGGAAGAGAACGUGAAGUGAUUUUUUGCUUUCUGCAGGGACCUUAUUAAUGUGAUACCUUACAAUCAAGUACUGAUAAGCCUCUGUCUAAGUUUUACUUGAAUUAAGGCCACGAUUGUUUCUUUACGUUUGCGUUUCCAUGUUAUAAUGAUUAGAACACUAUAACAUGGAUAGGCAAACAGAAACACAAAGAAUAAUUGUGAGCUAAAUCAUGUCUCUUUAAUUGCUUUUUUACUAAAUAGCAAGAUUAGAUGUGUUUGACACUUCACAGCUCAUACAAUUCUUAGUAUACCAGUGUUUAUGAUCACUUUGAUUAUUCUGGGGAGUAAUUUCAUUAUAGAUCAUGAGGUUUUGUUGGUUGCUUCAUAGUUAGAAUAGAGUAAAAGGUGCAAAUAGAAAAAAGUUGUUGAUGCAACUGAGAAGGCUUGAGUGUAACACCAAGAGUUUCUGUAAAGUUUCUUUAAAUUUAGGAUGCUCACUUUCUCUGAAGGUACAUGCAAGUUAUGAUAUCAAUUAUGCAAAGAAAGGGAAAUCUUUUGGAACAGACAGAAUUCUAUGGUUAGAAAUACAAUAGAUGACUUAUUGUUGAUGGGGUAUAUCUUACAUGUCCCUAUAUCAAUAAAGAUAUGCAUUAUUUUCUGUAUUUGGGUAUAGUGAAGCUGAUAGCUUGCUUGUUGCAUUAGCUCUCUCUCUCUUAUUGUAUUUUAGUUGAUUUUGGUUUGUUGUACUGACACGGAAUUAACUCGUCAUUGGUUUCUUCGUGUGAACCUCGUGAUUUUGGAGGUACUUAUCAGACAACAUUUUCAUGAUAAUACCUGCAUCUUGGCUGAUUCUGAUAGUAAGCCAAAGUUAGAGACUGUUGCUGGGAAAGUGAAAGUAAAGAGUGUACCUUCCUCAGUUACUGCUUUUGUUGUGGAUUGUUUAAACAAAAUAUCAUGUCUGAUCGGCUUGUCCGAUUAUUGUUUGAAACUGUUGCUUUUAAGUGGAACUUACUGAGCAGUUUCCAUUUCGGCGUGUUGAUGUUUGUUUUUCCAUGUAAAGGUUAAGAGAACCCUACUGCAAAACUCGUUUCUUACUCUGUGCAUCCGCUGUUCCAUAUAAUUCCAUGCACAAUCAUGCUAGAAAGAAAGUGUUACUUUCAAGAAUCUCUUGUGAAAUUUUCUUUGGAAAAGAUGUUGGAUUGAUCUUUGGUGAUGUGAUUUGUUGUUUUGUUUGUAAUGUUUAAAUGGUAUGUCCCUGUAUAUGACAACGAUUAUAACUAUUGUUGUCUUUGAGUGAAGGACUUGACUUAUCAACAGGAUUCUACCUUGGAUUUAUGAUAUUUUCAUUAAUACUUAACAGUAAAUGCUACUGGAGCUUCAGAGGAUCUCUACUGGUUACUUGCAAAUGCCGACAGAGUGAGAACUGUUCGCUCUCAACACUGUACAGUUGCUCUGUGGUCAGUUGACUAACAAUUUACAGGUGCAAGCACUCUGCAACCAAACAUGAAGAGUCCUUUCUGCUCCAUAUCCGUGGCCCAUGAACAUUGGCAACAAAAAUAUAUAUUCAUUCCCUUAUUCACCCAUAUGUGCAAAAUUCAACUGUAGCCUCUUUUGUCAGCUUAUGGUUAACAAUCGUUUUCCUCGUCGGCUUAUUACGCGUCGUCAAGAGAAAGCUCAUUGGUUAUGGCCAUCCAUUCUUUGUGCUUGACCUGAACUGGACUGUGUCUUUGAGGAUUUUGUGUUUGGUAUUAUCCAAAGGCACUUAUGCUUUUGCUUGCUGUAUCAUCUCCCAUGUUCUCUUUACUUUGUUUGUCUUCCAAGAUCAUUAAUUGCCUCUGUACGGUCAAA